AUGUUGCAGGAACUUCCAAAGGAUCUGAACAAUGAGAGUGGAGGAAGACAUUGCUCACAUGUGGCUGAAGAAGGAGGCAGUGAGGCUGUAGGAGAUCAUGAGAGCUACGGCAAGGAUUUUGGACUUUCUAGCCAGAAUAUGACCAUAAUGGGAUUUGCUGGACCCUACUCACUCCAGAGCCUGCAGAAAGGAUCCUCAGAAAACUGCCAGAAGCCAGCAAAGAUAGCUUUACUUGCUUUUUAUGAACUUCAGGAUGCUACAGCCUCUGUCUCCCAGAAUUCCUGGCAGAAAACUUGUGGCUAUGGAAGAAUGGCCUCUGCCAGGAGUUUUUCUGAGGAGCAAUUCCAGGAGGCUUGUGCGGAACUUCAGAAUCCCAGGCUAUCAGGCUGGAAUUGGCAGGUGGAAUCCAGGGGCUUUGCCGUCUACCGGAAGCUAAGCAGGCCAACUGGACUUUAUGAGUAUAAGAUCAUUGGUACUCUGAGAGCUCCACCAGAUCUACUUGCAGAUAUCUGUAUGGAUUUAGGCUAUAUAAGAUGGCGGAUCCCACAAGUUAUAGAAGCCUAUGAAACAGAAUGCAAUGGAGAAACCGUGAUCUACAUGAAAAUGGAGUUCCCUUUUUUAUUGUCCCACAGAGAUUGCGUCUAUGUGCAGCAGCGGCGAGAACUGGACUUCAGAGGGCGGAAGAUACAGGUGGUCCUGGCCAAGAGCACCUCAGUGCCACAGUUUCCAGAGAGGUCAGGAUUCAUCCGGGUGAGGCAGUGCCAGGUGAAGCUGGCCAUGGAGAGCGAUGGCAGUAACCAGAGCAAAGUAUUAAUUCAUUGCUUCAUAAACCCUGGUGGCCGUAUUCCAUCCUGGAUCAUCAACUUGGUUGCCAAGAAUGGAAUUCCUGGCUUCCUGGCUGACCUGGAGGAUGCCUACCUGAGGUACCAGAGGAGAACCUAA